UGGACCCCACUCGCUCGCUAUUUUACCAACCGAAAAAAAAUAAAACCGUCCCGAAAUUUUAGCUAAAUAUUUUCCAAUUUUUAUUUUUAUUAUUUUGAAAAAAAAUUUGGGAAGAAGAAAUGGAGACCAAAACGACGGCGUUGAGAUUCACACUGGGGAAGCAGUCAUCCAUGGCGCCGGAGCGAGCUAGUACGGAGAGGAAGCUGAACGAAGAAGACGAAGACGAAGAUUCGGUGAAGAUCGAUCCUAGAGUGAAGCUUAUGUACUUGGCUAACGAAGGUGAUUUGGAUGGGAUUCGUGAGAUUUUGGACUCAGGUAUCGAUGUUAAUUUUCGCGAUAUUGAUGAUCGGACUGCUCUUCAUGUCGCCGCUUGUCAAGGAUUGAACGACGUUGUUCAGUUGUUGCUUGAUCGUGGUGCUCAGCUUGAUACUAAAGAUCGAUGGGGUAGCACUCCUAUUGCUGAUGCAAUUCAUUAUAAACACGAUGAAGUAAUUAAGCUUUUGGAGAAACGUGGUGCUAAGCCUUUGAUGUCUUCUAUGCAUGUUAAUCAUGCUCGUGAGGUUCCUGAAUAUGAAAUUGAUCCAAAGGAGCUUGAUUUCACAAACAGUGUUCAGAUUGAUAAGGGAACCUUUCGAAUGGCAUCCUGGCGCGGAAUUGAGGUUGCUGUGAAAAAGCUUGAGGAGGGAGUCAUUACAGAUGAUGAUAAAGUACGGGCAUUUAGAGAUGAACUUGCAUUGUAUCAGAAGAUAAGGCAUCCAAAUGUAGUUCAAUUUCUUGGUGCUGUGACUCAAAGUAGUCCAAUGAUGAUUGUGACAGAGUAUUUACCCAAGGGUGACCUUAGAGCAUUUUUGAACAGAAGAGGAGCAUUAAAACCCGCUUUAGCUUUGAGAUUUGCACUGGAUAUUGCGAGGGGAAUGAGUUAUUUGCACGAGAAUAAGCCAGAACCAAUUAUUCACCGUGAUCUUGAGCCUUCAAACAUAUUACGCGAUGAUUCUGGGCACCUAAAAGUAGCAGACUUUGGAGUCAGCAAAUUGCUAACAGUUAAGGAGGACAAGCCUUUGACAUGUCAAGAAACUUCCUGUCGAUAUGUGGCUCCAGAGGUUUUUCAAAAUGAAGAAUAUGAUACAAAAGUUGAUGUCUUCUCAUUUGCUUUAAUUCUACAAGAGAUGAUUGAAGGCUGUAUACCAUUUUCAGCAAAACAAGAUACCGAAGUUCCUAAACUAUAUUCUGCAAGUGAUCGCCCACCUUUUAAGGCUCCAGCUAAGCUUUAUGCACAUGGGAUUAAAGAGUUAAUCGAGGCCUGUUGGAAUGAAAAGCCUGCAAAGAGACCAACAUUUAGAGAAAUUAUAAGAAAGCUCGAAUCCAUACACAACACUGUCGUUCACAAAAGGCGUUGGAAGGUUAGGCCAUUGAAAUGCUUUCAAAAUCUAGAAGCCUUAUUAAGGAAAGAUCAUUCCAGUUCAAGCACGCGAUCAUCAACUCGAUCUUCCUCAAGCACCUUAUAAAACCGCCAGUAAUGGCGAAUUUUCUUUACAAAUCAAUCGAUUGUUUCAUCAAAAACAGUAGCCAAGAUUUUCUUUUCUGUGUAAUAUCUCUUAAAAAAAAAGGGUGAUCUGUUUUUUUGGGUUUUGUUUUUACUCAUUUGAUUUUCUGAUGUGAUAAUUAAUCACUUGUAGUCUAUAUAUAGCUUGUUUAUGUACAUUUUAAUUAUAUAUAUAAUUUUUUUUCUACCA